UGAUGCAUAUCUUAAUCCAUGGAAUCCAAUUAAAGCAACGGACUCAUUUUGUUUGCUACCCCGCACUUAUAGAACGCUACAUGAAUCACAAUCUCACUCGUCGAGCCACAGAAAGAGGUAUACGAGUAAGAUCAAGAGGACCUAUUUAAUAUAUCUAGACUCGAACUCGUCGGAAUCCCUGUCAGAUCUAUAUUCCUGUUGACGGCAUCACGCCAUAUCAUGCCGGAUUGCGAAGUACAGCGCACCAUCCGAUCGCAUUUCGUUAUCGAGCGCUUAGAUUCCGAAUAUCGAUAGUUCUGUGGACCAUUUAUCGAGCCUAAGAUCUGUUUUACCGAUAGAUCGCUAGUACAGUAUGGCAUACCCAAGGAUCAAAUCUGUGGCUAUUAUCGGCGCUGGGGCGGCAGGUGCUGCGGCUGCUGCUGCAUUCGCAGCAGAAAAUUACUUUGAUACGAUUCGUGUUUUCGAGAGACGCGAAACAGCCGGAGGCACAUGGAUCCAUGAUCCAGACCCGACUCCUCUUCUGAGGCCUCGGCCAGGAGCCCUGCCUACAGAAAUUGAUCCUCCUUUAGAGAUACCAAGAGACCUACCUACAACGACACCUCCAUCUUCCCAAGAGCGAUAUGAGAAAACACCGAUUCAUGAAGAACUCACGACUAAUGUCCCUUCAAUUGCAAUGUCAUUUUCAGACGUUCGAUUUGCAUAUGGGCCAUUCAUUCCUCAUUGGGUGGUUAAACAAUACAUAGAGAGCUACUUUUCUAAGCACCACACUGAUUCACUAUUGGUACUAAGUACUACCGUUGAAGAUGUGACCAAAUUUACCAGUACUUCAACUGGAGCUGACAAAUGGUCGCUCACUCUAAGACGAUAUGAUCCUGUUGCUCAGGUUGACGUGUGGUGGAAAGAAGAGUUUGAUGCUGUCAUAUUUGCCAAUGGACACUACUCUGUGCCAUAUGUGCCCAAAGUGGACGGCUUGGAGGAAUAUAUACAAAAUUUCCCCGGCCGGGUCAUCCACUCCAAAUCAUAUCGAUCCGCUCUCAACUUCAGGGAUAAAAGAGUCCUCGUGGUUGGAAAUGCCGCAUCAGGACAUGACGUUACUACUGCUCUUGUGAAAACAGCGAAACAUCCAGUCUAUCAGUCCAGAAGAUCUCCUUCUCGAUGGGAUGGCGACAAGCCACCGCCUGGAAUCGAAUGGAAACCUGUCGUAAAGGAAUAUCUUCCGAACGGCGAUAUUAUCUUUGACGAUGACACAGUUCUAUCAGAUAUAGAUACAGUCAUCUACAGUACCGGCUACAGAGCUUCUUUUCCUUUCUGGAACUCCCACGCCAAUGGUGGCCCCAUAUGGGAUUACCGCCAGGAUCGUCUUAUUGGGAACUAUCUCCAUAUCUUCAUGAGGAACUUCCCGACGCUAGGGAUCGUCGGAAUCCCAAGAACGCUAACUUUCCGAUCCUUUGAAUAUCAAGCUAUCGCUCUGGCACGGGUCUUUUCCGGACGAAAUGCCGUCGCGCUUCCGUCAAGAGAACAGCAAGCGAGGUGGGAAGAAGAGCGCUGGAAUCUCGUCAGUCGAGAAAGGAGGAAGUUUCACGAUAUCCCAUGGGAUAACGGCGAGACGGUUACGUAUUUGAAUGAGCUGUUCCAUCUGGCAGGUCUGCCGUUGUUGAGUGGUGAAGGCAGGUACCCGCCGAUCUUGAAUGAGCAAACAAGAUGGGCUAUCGAGCACGUCAAAAGGUAUCCGGAGCCUCGCCAUGAUAACAAUAAGAAGGAGGAGGAGGAUCGAUGGACGGUCGUCCACCCUGCUGCGUAUAAGGAUAGUUUGCAUUUCAUUUGAAAGGAAACUGUUAGUCUCACAUAGCAUUGGGAACUUUCCAAGAGCUUACUGUAUUUUUGAUCUGGUGCCAGUAUUAUGUACUUUUCAACUCAUUAAGCAGUCCAGUAUCCAAACGGAGACCGAAUGAUCUUCAUAACAUAAAUUUAUUUCGUAAAGAAGAUCAAUCUAGGGUACCUAGUCACAUGUGGUGUAUCCGGAAACAUAUAAACUAUCG